UAGAUUACUUAAAAGGAGUGUGUUUGGUUAGGGAAGACGUUGGCAUCAAUCGCCGGGAGAUCGGACGGCGAGGAUUUGAAGAAUGAUGUGCAGUCGAGGCCAUUGGAGACCUGCGGAAGAUGAGAAGCUUAGAGAACUCGUCGAACAGUUUGGCCCUCAUAAUUGGAACGCCAUAGCUCAGAAGCUCUCCGGUCGAUCUGGUAAGAGUUGUAGAUUGAGAUGGUUUAAUCAAUUGGAUCCUAGAAUUAACCGAAACCCUUUCACGGAGGAAGAAGAAGAAAGGCUUCUAGCCUCUCAUCGGAUCCAUGGCAACAGAUGGUCCGUGAUCGCUAGAUUUUUCCCCGGUCGAACCGAUAACGCAGUUAAAAACCAUUGGCACGUCAUCAUGGCACGUCGUGGCCGAGAACGGUCCAAGCUUCGUCCACGUGGCCUUGGCCAUGAUGCCACGGCGGCUGCUACUGGGAUGAUCAUGGGUAAUUAUAACGACUACGAUAAGGAGACAAGAUUAGCAACCACGACCGCUCUCAAUUUUCCUUAUCAAUUCUCUCAUAUUAAUCAUUUUCAAGUCCUCAAAGAGUUCUUGACCGGAAAGAUCGGGUUCCCCAAUAGUACUACUCCUAUAAAAGAAGAUGCAAUAGACCAAACUAAACGACCAGUGGAGUUCUACAAUUUUCUCCAAGUAAACACGGAUUCGAAGAAACCCGAAGUGAUAGACAAUUCAAGAAAAGACGAAGACGAAGAUUUCCAUGAAAACAACCGAAUUCGUAACGAGAACUGUGUUCCCUUUUUCGACUUUUUGUCUGUUGGAAACUCUGCCUCCCAGGGUUUAUGUUAAUUAGUCCGUACCACAUGUACUAUAAGGUGGAUCAUAUGUUAAUUAGAUUGUAGAAACUACUGAUCUGUUGUUAGAGCUCUUGUUUGAGCAAAAUGUGAAAAAAUAUGAUAGCCCAACAUUUCCUUGUAUACCAAAUCUAAGAUUGUACCUUUAUUAGGUCUAA